AAUGAAUUAAGAAUAUAGUUAAAUGACGAAAGCAAGAAUUCCAUAAUGUAUUAAAAUAUCGCUAAUUUCAUAACUAAUUAUGUUGAGUGUUGCUAUUUUAUUUCAGUUUACGCUCUUUUUCACAAAUAUAUAUGAGAUUUAUUCUCCCUAAGAAUGUACAAUCACAUUCACUGGUAAGGAGAUUUGUUUAAAUUAUGAUGGCGAAUAUGAAACAUUUGCUGUAGAUUGUGACGAUUGUUAAUUUUUACACCUCAUUUGGCCUUUUUCGUUGGCUGAAUUUAUCCUAUUAAUCAGUAUAUUGAUAUGCAAAUCGUACUAUUAUAUUACUCUCAAAUGUUGUACCACUAUAAAGAUGAUAUCAAUUCUUUUGAUUGCUAUCAUUCUAACUAUGGAGAUCUAUUUGCUUUUACAAUUUGAUAAAAAUAUUCCGGAAGUCUUAACUUUUAAUUAUAAAAUCAAACUAUAUCCAAUCAUCACUAAAGUAAUCAUUGGAAUUUUAAUGUUAUCUAUAAUAAUAGCUAUUUGGAUUGAAGAUAUUUAUACAUUUAAACUUAAGAAAAAAUAAUAAAAAAUGUCAAACUCAUCAUGUAACAAUUCACAAUAAUUGUUAUAAAUUUAGUGA